AUGAAGCCCGACGCGAGGCAAGAUGCCGGCGGUGGCGUGGCAGCAUUAGGCGUCUCCUGCUUUGACAUCAAGUCCUUCGUCGCCUCCCUCGCGCUGCUCACGCUCGUCAUGGCGCUCUGGCAGCUCCACCCUUACCAGCCGCUCCUCUCCGACUCCCGCCCGUCUUCCACCUGCCCCCUGCUCCCCCGCCUUCCCAUCUCAGCUUCCUCCCGCGCCGCUGCCACCGUCGCCUCAUUUCCUUCCGCCAACUCCAGUGCCAACGCUGCAAGCACCAAGACGGCCUCUUCGGCUGUUCCCGCCGUCACGACGACGAAGCCGGCUGCGUCCGUGCUGCCAGCCGCCCGGCCGCGGGAUCCCAACAAGCGGGACUUCCGUUCGUACGGCAGCGCGGCGGCUCUGUUCGUCCAGAUGGGCGCGUACCGGGGCGGCCCGCGUACGAUCCAUCGUCGCCGGCGCCGCCGCGGGCCGUUCGUACCAAGGCCUACAAGAUGCUGCCGGACUUGGGGCUACGGCCGCAUCUACACCGUCGUCGUCGUUAAUUGCACAUUCCCCACCAACCCCAGCGCCGACAACAGCGGCGGGAAGCUCCUCAUCCACGCAUACUACUCAACUGCCUCCCGCCGGUACGAGCGCUUCGUUGCGCUCGAGGAGGCGCGGGGUUCCUACGACGAGUCCCGGUUCCGGCCGCCGUUCCCCUACGAGUACCUGUACUGCGGCUCUUCGCUCUACGGGAAUCUCAGCGCAGCUCGCAUGAGGGAGUGGCUAGCCUACCACGCGCAUUUCUUCGGCCCCGCGUCGCACUUCGUGCUUCACGACGCCGGUGGUGUCAGCCCGGAGGUCAGGGCGGUGCUGGAUCCGUGGGUCCGGGUGGGCCGGGUCAGCGUCCAGGACAUCCGGGCGCAGGCGGAGUACGACGGCUACUACUACAACCAGUUCUUGGUGGUGAACGAUUGCCUCCACCGCUACCGGCACGCCGCGAAUUGGACCUUCUUCUUCGAUGUCGAUGAGUACAUCUACCUCCCGGACGGCCGGACGCUGCAGGAGGUGCUGGGGCAGCUGGAGCCCUACACGCAGUUCACCAUUGAGCAGAACCCCAUGUCCAGCAAACUCUGCGUGGAGGAUCCAACCAUGGAAUACUCAAGGUGUGCUAUCCUCACCUAA